UUGGAUGCAAAUGUCAGGGCUUUAUUGCUACUUUCUUAAGUUGGAUGCAGUUCGAGUCCUAAUGUGGACUUGAAAAGGCGCAUCGACAUUCAGAGGCAGCAGCCGUCCCCGGCUGAAGAGGACGAGGAGAAGAAGUCAGAGGGACCAAUUUCUCCGGAAUAUACAGCUGCAUCUAUAUAGUUUUAUUCCCAGUGUGUCAUCUGUGUCGGACGAACUCAGCUUUAAUGCGUCGCACAUUUUCUGACUUGCGCAUCCUUACGUGUAGGGAGUUGCAGCGUUCCUGUGGCGGAUCAUAAAAAUGUUUAAAAGAUGAGAAGAGAAGAGUUGCAUGGGGGCAUCCUGUAGGAGGAGUUCUAUGUAACCAAACAUGUAACGGAUUUCUCCUUAUAAAAAAGGAAACUGCGCAGCGACUGUUUAAUGAUCAGCUUUAUUCACCUACUCUCAUGUGGAGAUCACCGUGUCAUCGUGCAGAAAUCUGAAGUUGCGAGUGAUUAUCCGUUGAAGGCUGCUGCUUCAACGUCGUACAUCUUUGCGAGGACUCGCAAGCAACACAACAACGCGGCCCGUACGUGCCUUCCAGCCCUUGCCGAGCUUCAUGGGUUGACCCAGAAGAACUUCAACACACCUCCUCUUCACUGCACAACCCUGCGACACCCCCCUCGCCCCCCCCCCUCCCAGGUUUACUCCCUUUGCUCGCGCCACCGGCAGCACAAUGACUUCCUGUGCCUCCGACUUGUUCAGAUGUGCAAUCACAGCAUCACACUCCGCUACCCAGACUUCUAGAGACGAGUAACAGUCUAGGAAGACACAGAGAGGGGAGGGACAGACACACAGACACAGGCAGCGGGAGAGAAGUGCAGCGGGAGAAGUCGAGGGAUCAGUAUCAGCAGCAGAGGGAUCCACCUGUCCCGCAAGAGGAAGGGGAACCCCCCCACCUGUUCCAUCUGGUUGCCGGGGGGGGAACUUGCAUUGCCUGGAAGGCAGCAGGGACUAUGCAGCUGGGAUUGGUGGCGCUGACAAUGAUCUUUCUCAGCUCCAUGGGUCACAGCGACGUUCUCAAACUCUCCAAGGCGAGAAGGCAGAGACGGGUUAGUACUGAGGGGCCACCAUCUUGCCCCAAAGGCUGUGACCGAUGCUCUGAGUACAACGGCUGCAUUAAAUGUAAACCCAAGCUCUUCAUCUUCCUGGAGCGCAAUGACAUCCGUCAGAUUGGGGUGUGUCUUGCCUCCUGUCCUAUGGGGUACUUCGGCAUGAGGAACCCUGAAGGCAAUAACCGAUGCACCCAAUGUAAAAUAGACAAUUGUGAAGCAUGUUUCAAUCGCAAUUUUUGCACAAAAUGCAAGGAGGGCCUGUAUUCACACAGUGGACGAUGUUAUGUCAGCUGCCCCCCAGGUCAACUCACUGCCAACGAGACCAUGGAGUGUGUCGGUCAGCGUGCUUCGGAGUGUGAACUGGGAGAGUGGAGCCCGUGGAGUUCCUGUAUGAAGAAGAACAAAACCUGUGGAUUUAAGAAAGGCUCCCAGUCCCGGGUCCGUGUACCCGUUCCACAGACCCCGGGGCCGGACCCUUCCUCUGCAUUUACACCCACACAGUCCUGCGCUCCAGAGACCGAGAGGAGGAAGUGCUCUGUGCCAAAGACGCCGUGUGCGAAAGACAAAAAGAAUAAAGGAGACAGACAGGAUGACACGAACCGGAGCGAGAAUACUCGCGGGCGAGGACGAGAAGGCAAAGAUGGUAGUAGAGGAGGGGGAGGAGGAGGAGGAGGCGGUGGAGGAGGAGGAGGUGGAAGUGGAGGUGGUGGAGGGAAGCGGAGAAGAGGCCAGACUAGAACCACCACUGCUGCCAGCCUCACAACCAGCUCCGUCACCUAAACUCCAGGACCUGCUGGCCGAGGCGUAUAGAGAGAAAAAAAAAAAUGACUGAGGCAACGCCUCGCCAGCGACACCAGCCACAAUGAUCGUUGUUGUAGGAAUGGAUUACUGCUGCUACUGCUGCACUGUAGAAGAUGCAAAGAGAACUGGAGAACUGCUGCAACAUAAAAGGUUUUCUGAACACAUCUGGAGGAGACUUGUGUCUUGGUGUUCCUUUUAAGAACUCGCUACUUUCGUAUUGACGUCACUGCUGGAUAGCAACGCUGCAUUGAAUGACUGGUUGGAUUCGGUUUGUGUCGUGAACUGAUAACUAUGUCAAUCUUGAACUCUUGAUCCCCCAAUUUCAAAAAGCAGCCUUCUGGCUGGAAGGUUGAGCUCGAAUGAAAGAUUUCUGAAAUCUCUGAGACUUAUUAUUUGUUUAGUUCUCUGAUUUUAAUCACAGUCUGCAUUUCAUUUGUUUUCGUGUUGUAUGAGGUGACCCUUCCUCAGCAGUCGUGGUACGUGAUGUAAACCCAAUGAACAGUAUUAGAUUUUGGUACCUUUAUUACUCAUCGUGAGAUGAGACAACAACGAAGGCACUGGAAAUGAUUUGGGCUUGUUUAAUAUUAAAGGUCUUGAGUGCAUCAUUUGGAGGAGGGAAUCUGUUAUAAAAACAAGCUUAAGAAGGAUCCAGAGAGGGAUUACUGGGAGCACAACGCAUAAUCUUCUCUGAUUGUUAACAAAAACUUGCCAUUUCAUCUCUUUGUGUUGGAUUUGAAUGAAAAGUGGAUGUUUGUAUAUGAAAAAGUAUCUGCACAGAAAUGGGUACUUGUGUAAGUAUGUGUGUGUUUGUCUCUUACCUGGAUUUUGAGUGUUUGUGAACUCUAUAUGCAUUUCUGCACAGAUUCAAGUUGUUGACACAACUGUGUUGUUUGUACAUGUAUGUUGACAUUUGCACAUACAGUAUGUGUUAAUACUGAUCUCAAAGACUGAAGGAACAAAGUCUGGGAAGUAAGAGGAAGGACAUGUAAACGCACAGUGAUAUAUUGAAUAUACAAACCACCAAUUGCUACAUAAGCCAUCUAAUCAUCAGCUUUUUAGUAAUCAGCAUGUUUGCAACAGGGUCUGAAGAUUUUUUGCACAAUUAUUAUGUUUCGUACUGCUCAUAUUUCAGAACAAUAGUAGCAUUUUACUAGUGUUUAUUCCAAAAGCCAGGCUUACGAUGUCGCCGAUACAGCGAAAAGGUUUUUCUUCUGUAACGGAAAGUUUUCCAUGGAUCUGUUUUUCAAAUAGGACAUCAGCUUCGUGAGAGGUUCCACGCAACAUUAUUCAUUUUUUCAUACUAUGGAUUGUGAUAUUAAAAAUGUCAAGAAGUGUUUAUCAGUAUUAGUAU